UCAAGCAGUGACCACAUUAGUGACUACAUCAAACAGUGGCCACAUUAGUGACUACAUCAAACAGUGACCACAUCAAGCAGUGACCACAUCAAACAGUGACCACAUUAGUGACUACAUCAAACAGUGACCACAUUAGUGACUACAUCAAACAGUGACCACAUUAGUGACUACAUCAAACAGUGACCACAUUAGUGACUACAUCAAACAGUGACCACAUCAAACAGUGACCACAUUAGUGACUACAUCAAACAGUGACCACAUUAGUGACCACAUCAAACAGUGACCACAUCAGUGACCACAUGAAGAUAAAGCGACCUCCUCACGAAAAAAGGAACAAUGUCAUGCAGAAAUUAAGACAGACAAAAGAUGAACACAUAACAUAAACUUGAGAGAAAAAACCCCGCACCAGAUUAGAACACAUUGUGAAGGAAGUUAUUAGAGAAGACUUGAGAAUGGUCCAGGACGGGCCGACACGUGGUCGUCCCUUCACCUUAUAGUGUGUGGUCAACAUUAGCCAGGUUAUUGUGACUCCUCGUCUGGAUAAUAGAGAAGAGGAAGGUUUUAAGGAGGACCUCGAUGAAGAGGUAAAGUAGAGAGGUCCCAGUUACCCCGCCCUGAGGAACGCCGCCGCCGCCGCUGCUCUUACAGACGGCGUGAUGACUGUGGACAACCCUGUGACCUCGCCCAAGGUCACGGGCGAGGUGGAGAUUGAUGAAUACAAGGUCAACGAAUCCAACUCUAACACCAUCAAAUCCAGGUACUGGACUAUCGACCGAGGUCAGGCCAGGAAGAGAGACACUAGUGGAGGAGGCGGGAGCUACACCCACAUCAAGAGGAACCUAAGAGAGCGCGGACAGCUCUACGAGGACGCCCAGUUCUCCACUACCGUCAGGUCUCUCUUCAUCCACAAGAAGCCUCACUUGGGACCCAUCGUCUGGAUGAGGCCGCAUGAGAUCUGCGCCAGACCAAAGUUCAUCGCGGACGGAGCGACAAGAUUCGACGUGGAGCAAGGAGAACUAGGAGACACUUGGCUGGUCCAGGCGGUCUCCACCCUCACCCUCACUCCCAAGUUCCUGGACCGCGUGGUGCCCCCGGACCAGGCCUUCGACCACACCUACUGCGGCAUCUUCAGGUUCCGGUUCUGGCACUUCGGAGAGUGGGUGGAGGUGGUUAUUGACGACCGGUUGCCCACCUUCAAGGGCCGCCUUGUUUACCUCCACUCCACCGACCCCUCGGAGUUCUGGGCCGCCCUUCUUGAGAAGGCCUAUGCUAAGUUGUAUGGCAGCUACGAGUGCCUGCAGGAGGGCUUCACCACCAGGGCGCUCCAGGACCUGACGGGAGGCAUCGUCCAGAGCUUCAGCCUCACCAUGCAGGACAAGUUCCUCACCUACCAGGUCCUCAACUCUGCCGUACCUCGCUCUACACUCCUCGUCGCCUCCAUCAACCUCGAGAAGGACACCAAGAGGAACCUGAGACUAAGGAACGGCUUGGUGACUCACCACGCCUACAGCGUCACCGGCCUGGCCAGGGUCAGGAGCAAGCUGGGAGAGACGCCCCUCGUCAGACUGAGGAACCCGUGGGGAGGGGAGUGGAGUGGCCCCUGGAGUGAGAGGUCCUGGGAGUGGGACUCCCUCUCAGAGAGGGAUAAGGUCCUUCUCUCUGUCAGGGUCAAGAAUGAUGGAGAGUUCUG